AUGUCGUCGUACCUGAAUAAUCUCCUUACCAAUACUACGUCACGGUACACCAACCUUCGCCGGCAGCUACUCUCCGACGAGAACGACGGCGACACAGAAGAGGAUUCACACAUCUCUCGAGUCCUCCGCGCAUACUACACAGAGAAAGGUCGCCCGUACCCGCAAUGGCUACCACCUGACCCACGAGCCCCGCAACCGCAGCCGGCGCAGCAAUUUGUGUCCUCAGCCGGGCGACAGCAGGGCCAGGGCGCACCGAUGGGACGGGGAGGCGGAGGUCUGAGUGAUCUUUGGGACAGUCCAGUACCGCAACAACAGGUACAGCAGCCCUCGUCGUUGCGCAGGGGCGCAGGGGCAGGAGCAGGAGCGCGACCGCUUCAGGGUCGCAUGGGCAGCUCUUUAACACCAGAGCCACAGGGCCAAGGCAGGCCACUACCAAGCCAAAGAGCUGGCAGCUACCAAAGCUCCAUGACCGCAGGAGGCCGUCAAGGCGCCGACCCAUCCCCACCACCAAGUGCAGGAGGAGGCACUACAGCACAGGAGAGGCUCAAGCAGCGAUUGUGGGGCUCAGGGAGACCGGCAAGUCCAGCGCAAAGCACAUCGUCUGUGGGCUCAGGGCCACCAGCAAGAGUGUCUUACGAACGUCCCGCGCCAGGUGGCAGAGCCCCACACCCGGACGACCGCAACCAUUCAGCUGGUGGCAGCGGUGGAGGAAGACAGCAGGCCUCGUCUGGCGACUACGAUCCAUAUGCACCAGGGAGCUACGGCGGAAGCGCACCACAGCGCGCACCCCCUGGUGGAGGACGUGUUGCGUGCCCUGUUUGCCCCGCCAUGGCCUCUCCGGCACCACCGAGCCCGCCUUCGCCGUCCGCCUCGUUCUACGAUGUGAGCGACGACGACGAGGGCGAGUACAAUACGAUCAGACACGCAGAGAGUGGGAAAGGCGUGAAGCUACUGUACACUAAGAGUAAAGUAUACAUCCACCCCUCGCCCUCCGCCAAAGACAACAUUCCAGGCUUCAUAGCACUUGUGCAGCAAAAGUCGCCCAAAAACACAAACGAUGCUCGCCCUACUUCUUCAUCCUCUUCGAAGAGCGUCAGCUCAUCCUCCCUACUCCUUGCCUGGCUGCCCGAGUCUGGCUUGGGUGAUGCCUACGAUACUUAUGUGAAGGUCGACCUGUCCGACUCGGCUUCUCCUCCCAAGACGUCGUACCUUGUUCCUCCGCCGCCAACGACCUCCUCGCAUACAGUCACUCCCGGCUAUGCCUUUGCUCUUCCCGUGAGCGAGAUAUACUCUCUGUUGGUACGACCGCCAAGCUUGGGAUGGUGGUUCGGCAGCGUCGUGGUGAACACUCGCGCAGGCGACAGCUUUCCUGCGCUCUUCUUCCACGAUAGCGAGUGUCAGUCUACAAUCUUACAAAGGAAGAAACUCGCAAGAGAAACAUUCGAUCCGUUCGGCGAUGGCGGUGGCAUGUUCUGGGGUGGCGACGAGGUCCUGAGAUGGUUGAAACGAUACGUCACCGUUGAACGAUCCGCCCAUGACCCUAGCAUAUAUCUCGUCGAACCCACGGAAGAUGACAAGAAAUCUUUUGGCAAGGAUGCGCCAGGAUCUGCGAAGAAGACGAGGGAUGGCGAGGCUUCGGCACAGACACCGGGCAAGCGAGAUGGUGGCAUGGAUCCGGUCACCAAAGCACUGAAGGAAGCCAGAUGGAACAUCCUCGAGAAGCUGAGCCAGGUCACAACAUUCACCCGAAAGACUGCACAGGCGGUUGUCGACAAUCCGAAGAUCCCACCUCAGGUUAGGCGCCUGAUCCAAAAUCCGGAAGUGCAGACUCUACAAGAUGAGUUUGACAGCGCACGCAUAUAUCUGGCUAGGUGGGCCAUGGGUAUCGCUGAACAAAGUGAGCGGGACCGCAACCAGAGGAUAUGGACGGCAAAGGAUGUUCUAGCGAUGGAGGAAGGCGAACUCGGCGAUUUCGAGAUUCUCGACAUGGACAAGAUGACAAUGGCAGACCGAAGGAAGCCGGUCACACUGGAAGAGUGGAAAGGAUUUUUUGAUGUCACCGGCCGGCUACAGCUGACGCCAGACGAAGUCAAGGAGCGCAUCUUCCACGGUGGUCUUCACCCGGAUGAUGGUGUACGGAAAGAGGCCUGGCUGUACCUCCUGGGUGUUUAUGACUGGGACAGCAAUGAGGAAGAGCGCCGUGCAAAUAUCAACAGUCGCCGGGAUGAGUACAUCCGUCUGAAGGGUGCGUGGUGGGAGCGAAUGGUCGAAGGUAACCAAACCGAAGAGCAAGCUGAAUGGUGGAAGGAGCAGAAGAAUCGCAUCGAGAAGGACGUGCAUCGAACAGAUCGCACCAUUCCAAUUUUCGAAGGAGAAGAUAUUCCUCAUCCUGACCCGGACUCGCCUUUCGCCGACGUUGGCACGAAUGUGCAUCUUGAGCAGAUGAAGGAUAUGCUCCUCACCUACAACGAGUACAAUAAGGACCUUGGCUACGUUCAGGGUAUGAGCGACUUGCUUGCGCCCAUCUACGCAGUCAUGCAGGAUGAUGCAGUUGCCUUUUGGGGCUUUGUUGGGUUCAUGAACCGAAUGGAGCGAAACUUCCUUCGCGACCAGUCUGGCAUGCGCAAGCAGCUCACGACACUCGACCACCUCGUACAGCUCAUGGACCCCAAGCUUUACCUCCACCUUCAGUCUGCUGACUCGACGAACUUCUUUUUCUUCUUCCGCAUGUUGCUUGUCUGGUACAAGCGCGAGUUUGAGUGGGCAGAUGUUCUGCGACUGUGGGAAUCAUUGUGGACGGACUACUACAGCGGCAACUUCCACAUCUUUAUAGCUCUUGCGAUCCUUGAGAAGCACCGAGAUGUCAUAAUGGCGCACCUGAAGCACUUCGAUGAGGUGCUAAAGUAUGUCAACGAGCUUUCCGGUACGAUGGACCUGGAGUCAACACUUGUACGCGCUGAGUCACUGUUCAAGCGGUUUCAAAGGACCGUCGAGACGGUCGACAAGAAAGGCAACUUCCCAUCUGCCCCACAGGCAAGGCAAAGGAAGCAGUUGGCUGCGAUAGCUUCAGGACCAGGCCCGAUGCUCAAGACGCAAGACUCGAAUGCGCAGGCUUCGUCAUCUGGUACUGAUAAGGGCAAACAAGCAAGCACAGACAACGGCGCAGAAGCAAAGGUUAUCAGCCCAGAGCUUCGAGGCUUACUCAGUCGAAAGAUAGAUAUACUCGAUAAGGCGACGGUUGUCGCGAAGGGAGGUGGAGUUGGGUUAUGA